AUGGCUUUCUAUCUAUCUAUCUAUCUAUCUAUCUAUCUAUCUAUCUAUCUAUCUAUCUAUCUAUCUAUCAUAUAUGAUGAAAUAUACCACUUUCUUCCAACUGUUGAUUCUUUCAUUUUGGUGCCUCUGUAUCUUUUCAUGGUUAUGGAAGCGGGAUAUAUGAUAUCAAAGAUCAAGUGUCCAUCCAGCGAUGAUGCCAUGGUAUAUGGAAGUACAUCUAUUCACUGUCACCAUUUGCUGGCAUGUAUACACAAAGGGAAAAGAUUUCGAUCCCUAAGCCACAGAAUAGACGAGAAAAGCAAUCAUUCAGUAAAUUUUCUGCUCUUGUUUGUCUGCUGCUGCUGCUCACGUGCAAGUGGCUCACUAUUGACUGUCCAUCUUGUGAAUGUUGGCUGUGGCCCUGCUGAAGAGCGUGUACUGCUCACAGGGCUGCAUGCAGUUGCAGAUAUCUACUGUGAAUGUUGUAAGACCACCCUUGGCUGGAAAUAUGAGCAUGCCUUUGAAACCAGUCAGAAAUACAAAGAAGGCAAAUUUAUCAUAGAGUGUUUUGUUUGUUUCUGUGGUUGGUUCGUAAUAUCUCUCUUUUGUCUAGCAUCAUUUCGCCACUCUCAAGUGUCUCAGCCAGAGGCCUUGUUAAAACCUUGGUUUCUGUGCAAGAGUUACUUUUGGGGCUCUCUUUUCUUGUUUAUUCACAUAAUCAAAAUGAAUAGCUUAACAGAAAAAAAUUAA